AACGGUAUAAAUGCCGAGACGAUUCGCUCAGAGCCACAGUUCAGUAAAAGCAAUCAAGCAAUCCAACUCGAGAGCGAGUGAAGAAAAGCAGUGAAAUAUUUAACAAGUGACAAAAGUAUUGAAAAAGUGAGCAAAAUGGUAGCUAUUGGAAUUGAUUUGGGCACCACAUAUUCCUGUGUGGGAGUCUUCGAGCACGGCAAAGUGGAGAUCAUCGCCAAUGAUCAGGGCAACAGGACAACACCAUCUUAUGUCGCCUUCUCGGACACAGAGCGACUCAUUGGCGAUGCAGCAAAGAAUCAAGUGGCUAUGAAUCCCAGAAACACCAUCUUCGAUGCCAAGAGACUCAUUGGCAGGAAGUUCGACGACCAGAAGAUCCAGGAGGACAUCAAACACUGGCCAUUCGCUGUUGUCAGCGAGGCUGGAAAGCCCAAAUUGGCAGUGGAGUUCAAGGGUGAGAGGAAACGCUUCACACCAGAGGAAAUCAGUUCAAUGGUCCUGACCAAGAUGAAGGAAACCGCUGAGGCUUAUCUCGGACAGCAAGUCACGGACGCAGUCAUCACGGUUCCUGCCUAUUUCAACGAUUCCCAGCGUCAGGCCACUAAGGAUGCCGGCAUCAUUGCUGGUCUGAAUGUCUUGAGGAUCAUCAAUGAGCCAACAGCCGCCGCUCUGGCGUACGGAUUGGACAAGAACUUGAAGGGAGAGAAGAAUGUGCUGAUCUUCGACUUGGGCGGUGGCACUUUUGACGUCUCCAUCCUCACCAUUGACGAGGGAUCACUGUUUGAGGUCAGAGCAACAGCCGGAGACACUCAUCUUGGCGGUGAGGACUUCGACAAUCGUCUGGUGAAUCACUUUGUUGAGGAAUUCAAGCGAAAGUACAAGAAGGACAUCACCUCCAAUCCACGCUCCCUUCGACGUCUCCGAACGGCAUGUGAGAGAGCCAAGAGGACACUCUCUUCCAGCACCGAAGCCAGCAUUGAAAUCGACGCUCUUCUGGAGGGAAUUGACUUCUACACAAAGAUUUCCCGGGCUCGCUUCGAGGAGCUCUGCUCCGAUCUCUUCAGAGCCACUCUGGAGCCCGUGGAGAAAGCCCUGAGAGACGCCAAGAUGGACAAGGGAGAAAUUCACGACAUCGUCAUGGUGGGAGGCUCAACACGCAUACCAAAGGUGCAGAGCCUCUUGCAGAACUACUUCAGUGGCAAGGCACUCAAUCUCUCCAUCAAUCCCGACGAAGCUGUGGCUUACGGAGCCGCUGUCCAGGCGGCAAUUCUCACUGGCAGCAAGGAUUCCAAGAUUCAAGAUGUUCUCCUCGUGGACGUGGCUCCACUGUCACUGGGAAUCGAGACAGCUGGCGGCGUCAUGACGAAGAUCAUCGAGAGAAACUCCAGAAUUCCCUGCAAACAGACUCAAACAUUCUCCACCUACGCUGACAACCAGCCCGGCGUCGCCAUUCAGGUGUUCGAGGGAGAGCGAGCUAUGACGCGCGACAACAAUAUCCUGGGACAGUUUGACUUGUCCGGAAUCCCACCAGCACCACGAGGAGUGCCCAAGAUCGAGGUGACUUUUGACUUGGACGCCAAUGGCAUUCUCAACGUGUCGGCCAAGGAAAUGGGCACAGGACAGGCGAAGAACAUCACCAUCAAGAAUGACCGCGGACGAUUGUCUCAGGCGGACAUUGACAGGAUGCUGGCCGAAGCUGAGCGCUUCCGCGAAGAGGAUGAACGCCAGCGAGAGAAGAUCUCCGCCAGAAAUCAAUUUGAGGGCUACAUCUUCAGCCUGAAGCAAACUCUGGACAGUUCUGGACAGAAGCUGAGCGAUCAGGACAGAGAGACAGUGAAGAAGAGCUGCGAUGAAGCCCUCAAGUGGCUGGAUUCCAACACACUGGCUGACAAGGAGGAGUACGAACACAGAAUGAAGGAACUCUCCACCGUCUGCAGUCCAAUCAUGACGAAACUGCACAGCGCCGGCGGAGCUUCCUGCGGACAACAGGCUGGCGGGCCCCAGAGACACACUGGGCCAACAGUUGAGGAAGUUGAUUAAGUCACUUCCCAUUCCCAGAGUAGAAUAUUAGCAAAUAUAGAUGUCAUAAGAUUAUAAUGAAGUAUUUAUAGAUGUAAGAAUUGACUGAAUUCAAGUGAGAAAUACAAGCAAAUAAAUGGUAAUUUCAAGGAAUAAAUGAAA